GUUACUAGUAGCUGGAGAGCUUCGAUACCUAGGUAUGAUUAGAAUACUCGUAGAACUUUUCCCUUUCUUCGUAUUUCUUUCUUUUCAUUAUCUGAUGGAUGAUGGAUGAUGGAUGGAUGGAUGGGGGUUAGUGGAUAGCAGGCUGAGUACUAGGUAGGUAGGUAGGUACUCUUUCGAUUCUCCCCGGGUGAGUGUUUCCUGUCCUUGCUUGGUAGAGUCGGUCAUGGAAUUCUGAUUCACGACAGCUGAACGAUCGCUUUUCGAUGAAAUCGUGAAGAUAAAAAAGAAUUGCUCGUCACAGGGAGGGGAUUGGAUUUGGAGAUUCCUGCUCGGAUCCUAUUCAUUGAUCGAGGGAGUGUGGAGUAUGCCCGGUGUGGAGAUCUUCAGUGCGUAGGCUCGGUAGGUAGUGCUGGCUUGUGUAGGUUUCGACAGUUAGGUAGGUACGCUAGGCGGGUAUGUAUGUAAGGUUGUAUGGAUUCGGUUAAGGUUAGGGCUGGUCUGUUGAUUGUAAGAUUACGAGGUCGAGACUAUUGUUUGGAUUUUUGGGAGUGGUCAUGUACCUUUUGUUGUUGUUGUUGUUUUGAUGAUAAGGUUAUGGGAGAUUUUCGAUGGGAUGGUGAAGAAAGAAUACGAUCGAUAGCCACGAAUGGAAUUCGUAUAUACAUUCAAGCGAGGUAUAUGGAAUAAUGAUUUUGAGAUAAUCUUCGAAGAUGCAAUAGCAUUCAUUAAGCUUUUCUAAGACACCUACCUAGGUACCUAUCUAUCUCAUCUCGCCCAUAUUUACGAUGUCGAGAUCUGCAAGUGCAAGGUUGUCGGAUGAUUCUCAUCUGAUUCGCCCACGAUCGACCACUCCCUGGUAAGAUCAUAUCUGCUUCUGCAUAUCUCUGCAUGGGCCUUAUCAUUCAGCUUAUCCUUCUCCGGUUCGAUAUCUAUCGCGUAGUACACAAUAUGCAGUUGCGAUGAGGGGAAGGAGGGGUUUAUGAAUGGAUAGAAAGCUACCUACCUACCUACCUUGUAGGUAAAGUUUGGGCUUAGGUGGGAUAAGGUAUUGAGACAAAUGUGUAUUUAUACCACAGACCGAGGUUCAGCAUCUUGUCUUCUGUCAUUCUUGGUCUUGGUCUUUUAUCUCUUGCUUUGAAGUGCGCUUUGAAGCUCGAGGUUGGAGGAAAGAAGGGUUUGUUCAUAGAUACCGUCAAGAGGUUAUUUGCUGUUGUUGAGAAGAGGCAAAACGUGACGAUGCGUUCUUUCACUUCGAUGCCAUAUGUUCCUACUGGAAAACAAAUCAAAGAACGAUGCACAACGGUCAGAGCAUGGCAAUUGCCGAAACAGAAAAGUGCGUUGGCGCCAGAACAUGUUUGGACGAAUGAGGAUAUGGAUCCGGUGAAGAAGGAAAAUCAAACUUGGACUUUGUGGACGUGGAUGGCGUAUUGGGCAACUGAUACAAUCACUCUGAGUACCUGGGAGACGGCGAGUAGUGUUCUAGCGGUGGGGUUAACAUGGAGAGAAGCAAUUCCGAUUAUGGUAGUGGGAACGACUUGCGUUGCGAUUCCCGUGGUACUCAACGGGGCCAUCGGUGCCAAAUUCCAUAUUCCAUUUUCAGUAGCAAUCCGAGCGUCGUUUGGAUACUAUUUUGCAUACUUUUGUAUAGUUUCAAGAGCCGUACUGGCGAUGUUUUGGUUGGGUAUAGUAGGCGCGGGCGGAGCACAGUGUGUUACGAUUAUGAUAUUGGCUAUUUGGCCUAGUUAUGCGAAUGUGCCGAAUCAUAUUCCAGAAGACCAAGGAAUCACUACGCAGGGAAUGAUUAGCUACUUUCUCUUCUGGAUAAUUCAACUUCCACUUCUCCUUAUACCCCCUACUCGUCUCCGAUAUCUCUUCGUCACAAAACUCAUCGCAGCCCCUGUUGCCGCACUUGCAACCAUGGGCUGGUGUAUCCAUAAAGCCGGCGGCUCAGGAUCGAUCUUUGAUCUCCAGCCUACCGUCUCCGGAUCCACCAAAGCAUAUCUCUGGCUCUCCUGCAUGUCGUCAGUCACAGGCACGUGGGCUACACUAUCAUGCAACAUCCCCGAUUUCUCCCGCUACGCACGAUCUUCCAAAGGUCAAUUCAUUCAACUUCCCUUCCUCCCUCUCAUUUUCACCCUGUGUGGUACGAUCGGUAUAAUCACCACCUCAGCCAGCGGAGUCAUCUACGGAGAACCCCUCUGGAACCCCCUCGACAUCCUCGCCAAAUGGCUGGACCUCGGACACGGCGGACGCGCCGCAGCAUUCUUCGCAGCCGCCGCUUGGUACAUCGCACAAGUCGGCACCAACAUCACCGCCAACUCCAUCAGCGCAGCAAACGAUCUCACCGUUCUCUUCCCCCGCUACAUCAACAUCGAACGCGGCUGCGUCAUCGCCGCCAUCGUCGGCGGAUGGGUCAUCGUCCCUUGGAAAAUCAUCAGCUCGGCCCAAACCUUCCUCUCUUUCAUGGGCGGCUAUGCCGUGUUUCUCGCGCCCAUUGCGGGUAUUCUCGCGGCCGAUUACUGGGUGCUGCGGAAACAACAUCUGGAUGUGCCGGCGCUGUACGAUCCCCUGGGAAGAUAUAGAUACGUGUGUGGAGUUAACUGGCGCGCGCUGUUGGCGUUGCUACUAGCGGUGUGUCCGAAUCUGCCGGGGUUGGCGUAUAAUAUUGCGUUGAAGACGGAUGGGGAGACGGGGGUGGAGAGGGAUGCGGUGAGGAUUAGUCGGGGAGCGAGAAAUCUCUAUUCGUUUGAUUGGUUGUUUGGGUUUGUGGUGAGUGUGGUGGUUUAUGUGGGGGUGAGUUGGGUUUGGCCGGCGAGGGAAUCGUUGGUUGAGAGGUCGUUUUAUGGGGAUGUGGUGGAGGGGGAGGAGGGGGAGGAGGGGAGGGGGAGUGAGGGGGAGAAUGCGGAGGGUGGGUUGGAAGGGGUGUGGGUUUCUGGAGAUGGGGAGAAGAUGUGA